AUGCCCAAUACGGUAGCUGAUGUUAGUAUAGCAUUGGAGAUAGAUGAGAUAGAGAAAGCUGUUGGUAAGAGGGCCUCUGUUGUUAGUAAGCUCGAGCAUGCAUAUAAUGUGUUGAAGUAUAAGGGUGUACGUCCUAAGCAUAAGGUGAAGAUAUGUGGUAAAGAAAAGGUGGAUAGUAUUGAUUUCUAUGAGAAUCAACUUGAAGAGUAUAACACUCAAAUAUCGGCUUUUAUCACUAAGGCUGUUGAAUACCAGGAGAAGGCUCAUGAUGAUAGUAUGGACGACGACGACGAUGAUGAUGAUACUAAGAAGAAAAAUAAGUUGGCAUUUGUUACUGCAUUACCGUCUCGUAUCGUACAUGGUGUUCUUGGUAAGGAUGAUAUUAACACUAGAUCGGGAGCAUUCAUUACAUUUAAUAAUCUCAAGUCAUCAAUGGCAGCUCGGCAAAUGGUACAUUACAAGAUACCAUUUAUUAUGAGUACAGUACCGGCGCCUGCUGUUAAAGAUGUUUAUUGGUCAAAUGUUGGUAUAUCACAUUAUCGGCAACAAUUGGGUGUAUUAUUAUCGAUAGUAUUAACGAUAUGUUUAUGUAUAUUCUGGACUAUACCCGUAGCGUUCGUGGCAUCAAUAUCAGAAGUAGAUAAUCUCAAGAGGGAGUUUAGCUUCAUUAACGAUGCCUCUAAUGCUUGGCCCGGUUUGGAUUUACUACUAAAACAAAUAUCUCCAAUACUACUAGCUGUGCUUAAUGCACUACUACCAAUAUUCUUGAUGGUAUUUUCCAAACAAGAAGGCCACAUAUCUAGCGCUACAUUAGAUGCCUCGUUAUUCGCAAAACUCGCCUUAUUCUUCAUUAUUCAAACCUUCUUCGUCAGUGCUAUUGCUGGUAGCCUAUUCACUAGUCUCCAGCAACUUGUUGAUAAUCCUGCUGGGACUAUACGUGAUAUCUUGGCAACCAAUUUACCACAACAAGCUAACUUCUUUAUUGCUUUCGUAUUCGUUGAAGUUGGUCUAGGGUUAGGCCUCGAGCUCAUUAGAUUGGUACCGUACAUAAUAUCAGUUAUAAGAUCAUUAUUCGGUCCUAAUCUAACAGCUAAGGAACGUAGUUCUACAUGGUUGGGGUUACGUCCACUUAGUGUACCAGUUACUUUGGACCAACCGAAGCUGCUAUCUGAUGUUAUGUUAUUUUUCAUGAUAUUAUUUGUUUACUCGAUAUUGUCACCAAUAGUAAGUCUGGUCAUGUUAUUCGCAUUCUUAUCAAUGAAUGUGAUAUAUAAGCACCAAUAUGCUCAUGUGUAUGAUCCUAGUAACGACACGGGUGGCCAAAUGUGGACGCGUGCUAUGCGAUAUAUAUUGUUCUGUCUGAUCAUUGCCGAGUUCACGAUUAUCGCAGUGAUAGGUAUCAAAGAAGGUAAGAUUGUAGCGCCGCUGAUGGCGCCUCUAUUCAUUAUGACCAUAUUGUUCUGGGUCUAUCUCGAACAACAACAUUUCACUGUAGCACAGUAUUUACCUUCUUAUACUGCUGCUAAUAUCGACAAUAUAUACAAUGAAUAUAAUGAUGAUAGAAUAACAACAUCAUCAUGGAAAGGUGCCUAUAUGCAAGAGGCAUUGAAGGUGCCCUUGCUACAACCCAAUACUGAUCAGAGUGAUGAUGAUGAAGAGGAAGAAGAUGAUUAUGAUGAUAGACCUGUUGCAGGUCUGGAUGAAGUCAUUGUUGAUACCCGAAAGGAGUCGAAGCUAUCUACGCCGAGGACUGAAGAUAUUCCAUGA